AUGAUCUGUAGAUGGAUUGCAUUCAAUUCAAGCAAAGUGUCUCGUAUUCUUCCUUCUCUCUCUUCCCUCUUACUCACUAACUCCUCCUUCUCCGUCGCGAAACUCGACGAUGAGCCAUUGUCCAUUACCAAUUUCACUUCCGUUCACAGAGAUUGCUUCUCUAAGGAGAUUCUCUUUGGUAUGAAGAAGGUUGGGUUCCGGGAGUUUCUUCACGGGAAUCACUUUCGAGGUUUGGUUUCGGAUUUGAGUCAAUUUCAUGUCGAAGAAAUCAUGGGUGAAUUGAUGUCUGAAAGCCCAGAUCUUUCGGUUUGGUUUUUCAAAGAGCUGAAAGAUGUUUAUGGGUUUCGCCAUUCGAGGUUCUCCGCAUUGUUGGUUUCGCAUGUAUUAGCCGGUCAAAGACGUUUCAAAGAGCUUCAAGUGAUUCUCGAACAGCUUCUCCAAGAAGAAGGCUCUGGUUCAGCAUCUUUGCUUUGUGAGAUUCUCUCUAGUAGCUUCAGAGAAUGGGAUUCUACGGGAGUUGUUUGGGAUAUGUUGUUGUUUCUUACGUCGAGAUCUAAAAUGGUUGAUGAUUCCCUGUAUAUCCUGGAAAGGAUGAAGGAUCUGAAUUUGAAUGUGUCGACACAAGCAUACAACUCUAUUUUGUAUAAUUUCAGAGAAACAGAUAAGAUGUGGGAUGUGUACACAGAAAUCCAUGCUAAGAACGAGCACACAUACUCAACAGUUGUAGAUGGUUUGUGUAGGCAGCAAAAGGUAGAAGAUGCAGUUUUGUUCCUCCGAGCUAAAGAGUGGAAGGAUAUUGGCCCCUCUGUAGUUUCUUUCAAUAGUAUAAUGUCAGCUUACUGUAAAUUGGGUUUUGUAGAUAUGGCGAAGUCGUUUUUCUGUACAGUUUUGAAAUGUGGAUUGGUUCCUAGUGUAUAUAGUCACAAUAUACUCAUCAACGGACUCUGUCUAGUUGGUUCUAUAGAAGAAGCUUUAGAAUUUUCUGGUGAUAUGAAUAAGCAUGGAGUGGAACCUGAUACUGUGACAUACAAUAUUCUUGCGAAAGGGUUUCAUCUUCUCGGUAUGAUCAGUUGGGUUUGGGAGGUCAUUCAACAAAUGCUGGAUAAAGGGUUGAGUCCUGAUGUUAUCACAUAUACGAUAUUAUUAUGCGGGCAUUGCCAGUUAGGAAACAUUGACAAGGGUUUAAGAUUGCUGAAGGAUAUGUUGUCUAGGGGAUUUGAGUUAAGCAGUAUCAUCCCCUGCAGUGUAAUUCUCAGUGGUUUAUGUAAAACAGGACGAAUCGGUGAAGCAUUGUCGUUAUUCUAUGAAAUGAAAGCCAAUGGUCUCAGACCUGAUCUUGUGGCAUAUUCUAUUGUGAUUCAUGGCCUCUGCAGAUUAGGAGAAUUUGAUAUGGCUGUUUCGCUUUACGACGAAAUGUGUUCCAAAAGAAUUCUUCCGAAUUCUAGGACCCUUGGUGCUAUUUUGCUCGGUUUAUGUCAGAAAGGGAUGCUAGUCGAGGCAAGAGCGUUUCUGGAUUCUCUGGUUUCAACUGGCUACACACUGGAUAUUAUUCUGUACAAUAUCGUUAUUGACGGGUAUGCAAAGUCUGGUUGCAUUGAGGCGGCGUUAGAGCUAUUCAGGGUAGUGACUGAGAAUGGGAUAACUCCUAGUGUUGCAACUUUCAAUUCUUUGAUUUACGGGUAUUGUAAGACUCGGAAUAUAGCUGAAGGUAGAAAAAUCUUGGAUGUCAUCAAGUUAUAUGGAUUGGUUCCAAGCGCUGUGAGUUAUACAACUCUGAUGAAUGCAUAUGCUAACUGUGGAAAUACUGAAAGCGUAGAUGAACUGCGCCGGGAAAUGAAAGCAAAAGGAAUCCCACCAACAACUUUCACUUACUCGGUGAUUAUUAAAGGACUUUGCAAAGGUCAGAAGCUCGAAAAAUGCAACCAGGUAUUCAGGGACAUGGUUGCUGAAGGUAUAACUCCAGAUCAGAUCACUUACAAUACUAUCAUUCAGUCUCUAUGCAGAGCUAAACAUUUAUCCCGAGCAUUUCAGUUAUUCGAAGAAAUGAAAUCUCGAAAUCUUGACCCUACCCCUGCCACUUAUAAUAUUCUAAUCGACGGCCUUUGUUUCUACGGUUACAUAAAGGAAGCUGACAGGUUUCUCUCUUCGCUACAGGAGCGGGAUGUUAAUCUAUCAAAAUUCGCUUAUACCACAUUGAUCAAGGCACAUUGCGUAAAGGGUGAUCCUGAAACGGCAGUGAAGCUCUUUCUUCAGCUGCUCGACAGAGGAUUCGAUGUUUCCGUCAGGGAUUAUAGCGCGGUGAUCAAUCGUCUGUGUAGGAGACAUUUAACAAACAAGACUAAAUUCUUCUUCUGUCUAAUGUUAUCCCGGGGUGUUUCGCCUGACUUAGACAUCUGUAGAGUAAUGAUCAAGUCAUCAGAUGCGCUUGCUUGGACAAUCAAAUCGGGUUUGUUGCCUCAUCAGUAA